AAAAAUAUUUUAUUGUAUUAUUUUAAUAAUAUUUGUAUAUCUCAUCUUCAAUCGACUAUCUUGUGUGUAUAAAUUCCACAGAGAUUGGCCUUAUCAAACCUUCUUUCCUCUUUGCCCGAGAUUGACCGUUUAAUCUGCCAUCUCUUCCGUCCAUCUUUUUUUUCUCUUUCUUCUUUAUUUCUUUCUCUCUCUUCUUCUUUUUAUUUUUUAUUUUUCUCUUUUUUCCAAUAGAAAUCCUCCUCUUCGGAGGUGCUCCCAGUUUUGUAUAGCUCUUUCAGGUAACCCUAAUAAUCUCUUUGCCUCUUUCUAGUUGGAAAGUUGGUGCUAUGGUUCUUGUUAUCUCACACCUAUUUUCUUCAAAUUUGAAAAAAAAGGUGUCUUUUAUGUGAGAGAAAGUGCAAAUCUUGGGUUCUCUUGAUUUCAAUUUUUGAAGAUAUAAAUCUGCAAAAGUUCAUUUCUUUUGAACGAUUUUUGGUUUCAAAAUCUAAUCUUGAUAGGUAUUUUCUUGUCCCGUGUGAUUUUGAAAUUCAGAUUUUUGUUGUUUUCCAAAGUUAUUACUCUGUGUGUGUGUGUGUGUUUUUCUUUUUCUUUUUUGGGUUUUCUGAAAUUUCAAGGUUAGAUUCUUGCAAGAACUUGUUUGAUCUGUUCAGAACUGUAAAAAACCAAUCUUUCGAUGUUUCCAACAGAUCUGUGUAGUUUUCUUCUCAAAUUAUUAAAAAAAAAUAUAUAUUUUUCAGACAGUAACCGUUUGUCUGUGUGAACAAGUCAAUAAAUUCCGCCGGCUCUUCUCAUUGACCGGAUCUCAGCUUGAAAAAUAAGUAAACAAACAAAAACUAAUCUUUAACGUGUAUUAUUUUGUUGUGUUGCAAGAUCUCGAAGAGAUUAAACAUGAACCACUGCGCGAUUCAGCAGAACAGCUAUGCUGCCUGUGAAGAGAUUUGGGCCAGCACCGCCGCAGGCAGAUCUAUGGAGAGGAAAGAGACGGUGGUUUGCCCCAAGCCACGGCGGCUCGGCCUUACCCGAACCACUCUUGAUCCUACUUAUGCUAGACCCUUGAGAUGGCACUUUAGCCAUCAGCAAGAGGAUUAUGAUGUAAAAGCUGGAAAUGAGCUACUGGACAUAAUUCUUGCAAAGAAUGGUUCGAGUUCGGACCAAUCAGUUCCACAGGUAGCCUCGUCGCCCCCAUUUUUUUCCGGGUCGCCGCCGAUUAGAGUAUCUAACCCGCUAAUUCAAGACGCUCGUUUUGGCGACGAGAAAUUGGCCUCCGCCGCCCCUAUCCCCUCGUCGCCCUCCUCCACCCGCAAGGGUGGCUGCGUGAGGUCGAAUUUUGGCAACAAUCCGGCCGUCAGGAUCGAGGGUUUCGACUGCCUUGACAGGGAUCGGCGCAACUGCAGCAUCCCUGCCUUGGCUUGAGAAACAACACGUACAUACAUAGAGAGAGAGAGAGAGAUGAAGGUUUGAGGCAUCAAAUUUUAGCAGAAACCAUGACAAGGAAAAAAAAUCUACCAACAUUUUGAUCAAGUGAGCUACACUACAUGUUGAUUUUGUCGUCGUAGUAAUGUGUAUAUGUAUGAUGUCAUCCAAUAUGUCUGUAAUUAACGGAGUGUGAGUUGAGUUGAAUCGAGUCGAUGUAAGUAUAUGAGAAUGAAGUUAUUGACCAAGAAAAGAAAAAUAAUUAGGGAGGUCCCAAGGGUGAAAAAAACCCCUCUUUGUAAUUGUGUAAGUAAGAGAUGAGAAGAGGGGUGUUUUCCUUUUGUUUUUUUCUUUUAAUUUCUGGUAUAAUUUGUCUCUCUUCAUUUUGGGAUCACCUACCGGAUUUGUAAGGACUAAGGAGGGAGAAUAUAUGUAAAUGAAAAAUUUAUGGAAUUUUCUACCUUAUUUA